AAAGCAAAGAAGCAACCGAAAUGUAGAUGUUUGAGGUGAAAAUGUUGCCGUGCCUUCUGUCUCGCUAAAGGGAUACAGUCCGGUGAAAGGCCUGAUGGAGCCCACCCAAUCCCUGCUCCUCUUCCUCUCCCUUCUCACGCACGCCUUAUGUGUUCCUGGUGAGCACCAUGGACACAACGACUCUCGUCGCCAUGACUACUGCGUGCUGGGUGCGGGACCAGCUGGACUUCAGAUGGGUUAUUUUCUCUCCAGGAGUCAGAGGGAUUACAUCAUAUUGGAGAGAAAUUCAGGGCCAGGGAGUUUCUUCAACGUGUACCCUCGCCACAGAAAACUCAUAAGCAUCAACAAAAUCUACACAGGGAGGCGGAACAGAGAGUUCAAUUUACGUCAUGAUUGGAACUCUCUCUUGAGUGACAGGUCAGACCUGCUUUUUCAGCAAAUCAGCAGGGAUCUCUACCCACCAGCAGAUGCAUUCCCACGCUACCUUUCCAUGUUUGUGAAGGAACUGGGACUCAGGGUGAAAUACGGUGUAGAUAUCGGGAAGAUCCGAGCGUCCAGUAUAGAAAAAGCGGGAAACAGGUGUUACAUAUUGACAGACCAGCACGGCAAUGACUACACCUGCAGUGUCCUACUGGUUUCCACGGGUCUGUGGGUACCUCAGCAGGUCCAGUUUGUCGGUUCUGACCUGGUGGAAGGUUACGAGUCCAUCUCUGUGGAUCCAGAGGCCUAUAAAGACCAGGCCGUUUUGAUUCUGGGGAAAGGAAACUCGGCGUUCGAGACCGCCCAGAGCAUUCUGGGCAGAGCCAGUCGGGUCCACCUGUACAGCCCAAGCCCGGUCCGACUGGCCUGGCAGACACACUACGUUGGCGACCUCAGGGCAGUGAACAAUGAACUUCUGGACACGUAUCAGCUGAAGUCCCUGGACGGAUUGGUAGAGGGAGGUUUGGAGGACAUCGCUAUUGUCCGCCGAGGUCGAGGGGGAGGGAGGAAGAGGAGAGGAGGAAGAAGGAAAACCGGAGAGACAAAAGAAGACGAGAGAAAGGAACAACUCUACUUGACUCUGGCGGAACUGCUGGACGGUCGACGCGGAAACGAGAGCUCCAAGGUUAAGGCUGAAAAUUUACCCGGUUACCAUAACGACAACUUCUCGCUCCGACAACCGUACGACCGGGUGAUCCGCUGCCUGGGCUUCCGUUUCAACUUCUCCAUCUUUGACGGUUCUGCCCGUCCUCCCCAUAGUGGAGGUGCAAGGGGUCGGUUACCAGGGGUGACGGCGUGGUACGAAGGCAGAGGGACACCAAACCUGUUUGUUUUGGGUACGGCAGCGCACUCCCGAGACUACCGCAUGUCUGCGGGGGGGUUUGUUCAUGGUUUUCGUUACACAGUGCGAGCUGUCCACAAGGUCUUGGAGCAGCGUUACCAUAACAACGCUUGGCCGGCCACAAAGCUCCCCACCACUCAGCUGCUGUCCUGGAUCCUCAAACGCGUGAAUGAGGCCUCUGGACCGUACCAAAUGUUUGGCGUUCUGGGGGACGUUAUACUACUGAGGGGUUCUUACUGUGAGUAUCUGGAGGAGUUCCCCCUGCAGGCCCUUCCUCAGUUCUCGGCUCUUUCGGGUCAUACCAUCUCUGAGCAGGGAUUCCUGGUCCUGCUAAUGCAGUAUGGACUAAACAGAACUGACACACUGGGUCCGGGCAGGGCCGAGUCCGAGUGGACCCGAGCCUGGAAAUCCAACUUCCUCCAUCCCGUCUUGUACUACUACCACAAACUGCCUACUGAGAGGGAUAUGAGACAGAGGCCCGCGGGUUGGCCCCUCCCCCGUCCGCAGGCCGUGCAUCACAUGAUCGAGGAUUUCCUGACGGAGUGGGACCAGCCCGUCUCCCACAGUCAACCCCUGAGACGCUUCCUCGAGCACUGUCUUCAGACCGACCUCAGGGCCUUCUAUGCAGAAACUUGUUUCCGUCUCUCCCUAACCAACCGUAAGCCACCCCUCUUCUGUCGCCAAGGUUACCUCAAGAAGCAGGGCAUUGUGGGUAACCAUCACCUCUGGCAAAAUGCCCGUGAGGCAGGACUCAUGCCUAACCAUCAGGAAACUGUCUCCCACAACAGCGAAGAUGUGCCAUUCCCAGAAUACCUUAAGCACGCUGGAGCUACGGUUGCCUCAGCGAUGAACUUUGACCUCUGACUGGUGCG